GGACGAGCUGCGUCCUGCGAACUGGGGGCGCAUUCCCUGCCGACCAGCUCGACGGAGGGCGUCAUUGUUGCCAAGUCCUUAGAGCGAAACGCCAGAGUCUGCUCUCAGCGUCGGCCAGAUCAAUAGAGAGCGCGGCCCGAUGUGGAGCGAAGCCCGCUAACGCCUGCUGCAACGUGUUUCGCGCGAGUGUAGUGCAAGUCGGUUCAAGUGACGACGGCAUGUGCCACGUUUCGGCCCCGACGGGCCUCCUCAGGACCCUGGACUAGCAGCAUGCCGCUCGGGGAGGUGUGUCAUAUCUUGGCGGUCUGUGUCAUGAAUGCGGUCGCUACAGACAGACAUUUUCAAUUAGUUUGCUCGUUACGGAUCAACUAGAAAUAUGAAAUAAUGAACUGGGCACAAUGGUUUGGAGCGGCGGUAUCAGUCUUUGAGUUGUUAAUCUUCGGCGUGAACGUGGUAGGUUCUUCUGAAGGUAAUGUACUGCACAUCGGCGGCAUAUUUCCGAUCGCUGGCGAAGGAGGAUGGCAGGGAGGCCAGGCCUGCAUGCCAGCCGCCAACCUGGCGCUCGAAGACGUCAAUGCGAAGAAGGACCUGUUACCCGGCUACACCCUCAAGCUGCACAGCAACGACAGCGAGUGCGAGCCCGGCCUCGGGGCGAGCGUCAUGUACAACCUCCUCUACAACCAACCCCAAAAGCUGAUGCUGCUCGCGGGGUGCAGCACGGUUUGUACGACGGUAGCAGAGGCAGCCAAAAUGUGGAACCUAGUCGUGUUAUGUUACGGCGCCAGCUCGCCGGCACUCUCGGAUCGAAACCGUUUUCCCACCCUGUUCAGGACCCAUCCUUCGGCCACGGUUCACAACCCGACCAGGAUCAAGCUGAUGCGGAAGUUCGGCUGGUCCAGGGUGGCCAUACUGCAGCAGGCAGAGGAGGUCUUCAUAUCGACGGUGGAAGACCUGGAGGCCCGUUGUUCGGAGGCUGGCAUCGAGAUCGUGACCAGGCAAUCCUUCCUAUCGGACCCUACCGACGCUGUCCGUAACCUGAGGCGCCAAGACGCCAGGGUCAUCGUUGGACUUUUCUACGUCGUCGCUGCCAGGCGAGUUCUGUGCGAACUAUACAAACAGAAUCUGUACGGCAUCUCUUACACGUGGUUCUUCAUCGGGUGGUACGAAGAUGACUGGUUCAUAAGGAAUCUGGAGAGGGAAGGCAUAGAAUGCACGCCAGAACAGAUGAGAGCAGCAGCCGAGGGACACUUAACAACGGAGGCGCUUAUGUGGAAUCAGAAUUUGAACGAGAGGACGAUAUCCGGGAUGACAUCCGAAGACUUCAGACGUCGAUUGAACGAUGUUUUAAGGGAUGGUGGCUACGACAUCGAUGGUGGUCGAUAUCCGGAGGGGUAUCAAGAGGCCCCGUUGGCCUACGACGCUGUUUGGUCGGUGGCAUUAGCAUUCAACAAGACGAUGGACCGGCUCCACAAGUACGGCAAGAGCCUGAAGGAUUUCAAUUACAACAACAAGGAAAUAGCUGACGAUAUCUACUCUGCGAUCAAUUCGACACAGUUUUUGGGAGUCUCGGGAUUUGUGGCCUUCAGCUCGCAGGGAGACCGGAUAGCUUUGACUCAGAUAGAGCAGGUCAUAAAUGGAAACUACAUCGUGCUUGGAUAUUACGAUACCCAGGCAGAUAAUCUCACAUGGUUCGAUCGUGAAGUAUGGCGUGGUGGAAAAGUGCCUCAAGAUAGAACAAUUAUAAGAAGAGUCUUACGAACAGUUUCCCUGCCUCUUUUUAUAUGUAUGUGUAUCAUUUCCAGUUGUGGUAUCAUCAUAGCCGUCAGUCUGAUGGUGUUCAAUAUUUGGAAUAGUCAUAGGAGGGUGAUCCAGUCAUCCCAUCCAGUGUGCAACACCAUAAUGCUCUUCGGCAUCAUCGUCUGCAUGACGUCCGUAUUUCUACUGGGAUUGGACGGUAGAUUCGUUUCCCCGGAAACUUAUCCGUCGAUCUGUCAAGCCAAGACGUGGAUGCUGACGAUAGGGUUCACCCUAUCCUUCGGCGCGAUGUUCAGCAAGGUGUGGAGGGUACACCGACUGACCACCAAGGCCAAAAGCGACCCCAAGGUCAGAACGAAAAAGGUACAGCCUUGGAAGCUCUACUCGAUGGUUAGUGGUUUACUAGUUAUAGACUUCGUCAUAUUGAUCGUAUGGCAGAUACACGAUCCCCUUCAGCGAAGGGUCAAAAUCUUUCUCCUGGAGGACCCUGAGGACUCCUUGGACGAUUCCAAAAUACGUCCCGAAUUAGAACAUUGCGAGAGUAGAAACAACAGUGUUUGGCUUGCUGUGAUAGGCGCCUACAAAGGACUGGUUUUGAUAUUCGGCCUUUUUCUGGCCUACGAGACCCGGUCCGUCAAAGUGAAACAAAUCAACGAUUCUCGCUACGUAGGGAUGAGUAUCUACAACGUGGUUAUCCUGUGCUUGAUAACGGCGCCCGUAACCAUGGUGAUCGACAGCCAACAAGAUGCCAGCUUCGCUUUUGUUGCCCUGGCGAUAGUGUUUUGUUGUUUUCUGAGUAUGGCCCUUAUCUUCGUGCCUAAGGUGAUAGAAGUCAUAAGACAUCCCAAGGAUAAGGCAGAGAGUAAAUAUAAUCCAGACGCUGGGGUAUCCAAGGAAGAUGAGGAAAAAUAUCAGAAACUGCUAAGUGAAAACGAAGAUUUACAGAGACUCAUAGCACAGAAAGAAGAAAAAAUCAAGUUGCUGCGAGACAAGCUGACAGAGAAAGAGGGCAAAACCGCCCUGCCCGUCAUCACCCAAGGUAAGGACACUCUGAUUGUGGCGGACUUCAUCACGGAUGCCGGUACUUCCGACUCCGCCUUCGGCGGAUGUACUUCCGUUUAUACGCGCUCCUCAAGAACCAGCCAGUCGGACAUAGAGUUCAGCGAGAGCUACCUCUGAUCCAAGCUAGGCCGCGAUCACUAUUCGACGGACGCCACUGCGCGGUGCAAACCCAGAAGGACGGGUCUGGUGGAAAAGGUUGAGGUGAUCAGGUCCGGAUCUGUGUUCCUGUGACCCUCAACUUUGACUUAACCCCUUAUGCCCCCUGCCCUUGUCUCUCCAAUUGGUGUUCAUACGGAAAAUAUUGCCUUGAUCUGGUGAUUUCCUGUCAGUAGCCUUGAAAUAACAGUGAGAACUGGCGGUCGUCAUCUAGUGAUCGUCGGAUAUUAACGGUACAAGAAUAGAACCUUGCAGGACCCCUCUAGAGGCCUGAGCCUACUUCCUUCGCAUGAAAUGAUAUCAGUGAUGCUUAGUCUGCCCCUUAGGGGAUGUUUAAAUUCGAAAUCAGACCGUUACUGACCUGAAAUCUCACCCCGAGUGCUUUGUCACUACUUCCAAUGUGAUGUGUAGGUGUAGAGGUAUUUCGAAAUGAAGGCCUGUCUCUAACUUUGGGCCUAAGUAUUUCGUACAUGAAUGUAUUCGAUUAUUUAUUACAUAUCUUUCCACCAUCUCCCUCAUUUUACAUCGCUGACUUCCAUAUAUAGAUAAACAAAUUUCUGCACCUACCAGUCAAUUAUCUUAGGCACGAGAAGAAACUAGAUAUCAUAAAUGUAGAGACCCUUUUUUCUGAUAAUGAUACGGACCACUUUGAAUCGAUAAUUUAAUUGAUUAUAAGUGAAUUAUCCCUUAUACAUAUCGGUCUACUUUUCUGUUCACCAAAAAAAAAAAUGUUCACCGAAUUGAAAUUGUAAAUAUAUAUUUUGUGUACCUCUCUGAGACUUGAAGUUUCUGGCUGGUUCUUGUUAAAAGAAUUUUAUAGUAAUUAGUGAGUUUCUGUUGGAAAUGUGGAGUUGUAUGCUCUUCAACAUAUUCAGAUAAGGCUCUGAACAUAGGAAUAAUAUGGAUAGAAUGGCGUUUUUUCCACCUAUUUACAAUUUAUUGUUCACGAUCCACUCUCCCGAGUGUUUAGCCUCGUGUUCUCCACUUUUCUAUAAUAGAUUGAUUGUCCUCUAAGUGAGUAGACGUUGUGCUAUUUCGCAGACGCUUUGGAGCCUCAACAAAAUGUCUCCAUUCGUGAAAGCUCAAGCUUUGUGUUGCCCUUUGCAUAUGUUUGAGUCCUGAAUAUGUUGAAGUGCAUGCCGUUUCUAUUUAGUCAGUCAUUCUGCUUUAUAGUGAAGCUUCAGCCCAUCAGCAAAUGCAUCUCGUUAUAACAUAAAGAUCUAAAAAGAACAUUCUUUGCUCCCAGCACACUGACAUUUAUGUUCUAACGAGAUAGAGUAGAUAUCUUUGAGCUGUAGUUUUGGGAGUGAAAGGUUUUUCUUUUUAGAUACUAAAGACGAACGAAUAUAACAGAGGUGACUGGAAAAACAACGGAUGGUUGUCUUGGUAAGGUAGAUAAUUGGGACUUAACAGUUGUGCAAAUACACGAUUGGUAUAGGAAGGAACCGUCGACAUCAUAAGCUGUUGUUUUCCCCGAAUUUUUUAUUCGAUAAGCGACAAUAUUAGUCUGUACAUCAUCCAGUUGUUCGAAUGAAGAUUCGAAUGUGAUCCGGCGUGGGUUUUUUCACAAUUUUAUGUGAAAAUUAUGGUUCUGCAUACAUGCAGAUGUUUUCAGUCAAUUCUCAUUCUUAUAAGAUAUAUUGAUUUUGAAUUGAUCAAACAUCACCACUAAGUUGUUGAAUAAUGUUAUCGAUAUUGAAUAUAUUUUCAUCCGUAUGUGUCGUAGAUGAAUCGAAAAUGUUAUUCGAACUAAUCUAUGCUUUUUCAUCCUUUUUAUAUUGUUCGAGAAUCUUUAUUUUUUCCUAGAGAUGAAAUCGGCUCAAUGUUUAGUGAUAUUAAUUAGGUAUAUUGAGGUUAUUAAAUGAAAGCUGAUAUAUAUUUCAGUAUGUUGAUUAUGAUAUUACAUUGAUCCUAUAUAAUGUGAGCAAUUUAAUUGUUUUUCUUUUUAUUUUAACUGUGAUACUUAAAUAAAUCUAUGUUAUAACGAGAUAAGAAUUAGGAUAAUAAACAUUAUCGAAAAGUCAUAAAUUGAAUGGUACCGUUGAUUUUGAUUUUGCUUGUUGUGAAAAUGAGAGUUGGUUCAAUUGGAAAGGGCUCAACAAACUCUGAUUUUUUCAACUUACGCUGGGUAAUCGUUGUUUCAUCAUCAAAAUAUGACAAUCUGGAAAAUUGUUGUGAUUUAUUUCAUCAUAAUUUACAUAAAAAACAUAUUUCUUCUUCUAUCUGCUUAGUUCACCUAUUGUUGAGGUCUUUCGAUAAAAGCAGUCAUUCACUUCGGAUAUGUCUGAGUUGCAAACAUAUCAACAAAAUGAAAACGAAUCGUUACCUCCUAAAUGUUCAAAACUUCCCAGUAAUCCACGAAAAAUUCAAACCAAUCGAAUUGUAUCAUUGAUAUUCUGUUUGGUUUAUAUUUUAUGUAUCUGCAAUAGUUUAUUUGUUGUUAUUAUAUAAAUAGUUGUAUUACUUCGAUGUCUAGCAAUAUGUUUAUAUGUGAAUUGUUGAAUUUUCAUUAGUUUUUUACACUUGAAAAACUUAUCGGAUCCCAAUCGUUCGAAAAAAAUUACAUUUCUCAUUUCCGCUCACCGUUUCGAAAUUAUAUACCCACCGCUGGCAAUUCUCGAACGAUUCGGAUUGGGUUCUUCGUUGAAGGGAUGGAAUUUUCAGUGGAGAACCACCCGAAGCAGGUUCAAACCCAAUAGGGCUCAAAUUGGGUUUGUAUACUGAUAUAUUGAACGAAUUUUUGUUAGUGCUCUGUUGUGUUUGAGAGUUAUACGAACUGGUGAAUAUUGAAUAGUGACUAUUUCUUGCAGUUCAACUGUUGACAUAUGUGUUCAAACCCAAUCAGAUACCUAAUCUUAUGUCAAAUUAAAUUGCAUAAAAGCA